UUACUUAUAAAAUGUUAAUGUACUGAAAAUUUAUUAUGCACUCAGAAAAUACUAAUAUUUUUGAGUUAUUUUUAAGUUUGUAGAAAUCUCUCUCUAUCUCUCAGUAUAUGUCUCUGCAUUUAUAUACAGAGAGAAAGGAAGUCUGUAACCAUCCAGAUAGAAUAGAAUAGAAUUUUUUAUUGGCCAAGUGUGAUUGGACACACAAGGAAUUUGUCUUGGUGCAUAUGCUCUCAGUGUACAUAAAAGAAAAGAUACCUUCAUCAAGGUACAACAUUUACAACACAAAUGAUGGUCAAUAUAUCAAUAUAAAUCAUAAGGAUUACCAGCAACAAAGUUACAGUCAUACAGUCAUAAGUGGAAAGAGAUUGGUGAUGGGAACGAUGAGAAGAUUAAUAGUAGUGCAGAUUUAGUAAAUAGUUUGACAGCGUUGAGGGAAUUAUUUGUUUAGCAGAGUGAUGGCCUUAGGGAAAAAACUGUUCUUGUGUCUAGUUGUUCUGUUGUGCAGUGCUCUAUAGCGUCGUUUUGAGGGUAGGAGUUGAAACAGUUUAUGUCCAGGAUGUGAGGGAUCUGUAAAUAUUUUCACGGCCCUCUUCUUGAUUCGUGCAGUAUACAGGUCCUCCAUGGAAGGCAGGUUGGUAGCAAUUAUUUUUUCUGCAGUUCUAAUUAUCAUCUGAAGUUUCUUGUUGGGUUGCAGAACCAAACCAGACAGUUAUAGAGGUGCAAAUGACAGACUCAAUAAUUCCUCUGUAGAACUAGGGAGGAGAGGAUGUAGAUAAGAGAAGGGGAGGAAGGUCUGGAAAGUAGAAGAAGAUAGAAGAGGGAAGAGAGUUAAAAGGAGGGGGUGGUGACUGGGCAAGCCCGACUAAUUGUAUAUGACUGUACAUUGGAUGAGUUGUUGGAUAUAAAUGUAAAAAUAAAACUUUUUUAGAAAAAAAAAAUUCCUCUGUAGAACUGAAUCAGCAGCUCCUUGGGCAGUUUGAGCUUUCUGAGUUGGCGCAGAAAGAACAUUCUUUGUUGUCCUUUUUUGAUGAUGUUUUUGAUGUUAGCUGUCCAUUUUAGAUCUUGCAAUAUGAUAGAACCUAGAAAUUUAAAGGUUUCUACUGCUGAUACUGUGUUGUCUAGUAUUGUGAGAGGUGGAAGUAUGGAAGGGUUUCUCCUAAAGUCUACCACCAUUUCUAUGGUUUUGAGUGUGUUCAGUUCCAGGUUCCAGAUAGUUGUUCAACUUCCUGUCUGUAUGUGGAUUCAUGAUUGUCUCGAAUGAGACCGAUCACUGUUGUGUCAUCUGUGAACUUCAGUAGUUUAACAGAUGGAUCGUUGGAGAUGCAGUCAUUGAUAUAUAGAGAGAAGAGAAGUGGGGAGAGCACACAGUCUUGGGGGCCCCCUGUGCUAAUUGUACAGGUAUUUGAUGUGAUCUUGCUUAGCUUCACCUGCUGCUUCCUGUUUGUUAGGAAGCUUGUGAUCCACUUACAAGUCUGUUCCGGUACCUGUAGCUGGUUUAGCUUAAUUAGAAGAGUGUCUGGAAUGAUGGUAUUGAAUGCUGAACUAAAGUCUACAAAGAGGACCCUUACAUAGGUCUUUGGAGAUGUUGCUAAACUACAAUUUACACAUUUUUAGUCAACCUGGUCAAUGGCAGAAGAUGCUAGUACUUGUAGGUUAGAAACUUUUGAAGACUGUUUUAUAUUUCUAAUUGUCCAUUAAACCAUUUCCAGUCCAGCAAACCUGUGAAUAUUUCUCUGAAAAAACAAUGAUCAACAAUUACCAAGGCUACUGAAUUUGUUUAAAAGAUGAGCAUAUCAGCACUAGAAUGUGAUUCUGUACAUGAAUGCAGAAACCUGAUUUAACCCUUGUGGUGUUUUAGGGAAAUAAUACACAUGUAAUGCUAUUAUUAUCUUAAUUUCCAGUGCAAUAUUUAAAAGAAAUAAGCAGAGUAAUAAUUAUGAUGCCAGUCAGCACUUACAUGAGAAAACUAUGAACCAGUGAACUAAUAUAUAUGAUAUAUACUUAUUGUAUAUAUUAAAAUUUCCUUUAACUUAUUUUUUAUUUUACCAUUCUGUUCAGCUCAUACUAGAAGGUUCUUCCUUUAAACUUGAUUACCUAUGGCCACAUGUGGCUUCCCAGAUCCAUUGGUGUCUCCAAAAUUGUUCCUGAAUUGGAAUUGAAUACAUAGGGAUAUCGACUUCACAGGUUAUAUAGUUUAGCCUAUGAAAGAGUUCAUAGUUGUAUAUAUGAUAGUCCUUUAGAUUUGAAGAAGACAUGCUGCUGUGCAGUUCAUCUAUGGAUACAGUGGUGGUUCUCCUGUUCCAGUCUGAAAGCACAGAAUCUAGUGCUCAUGGUUUUCUACCAGUUUUUGAUGGUGUCUGUCUUCACAGCUGGUGGAGACUUCAUAACAAACGACUCACUGGUGGGUUCUGUCAACAGCUAAGCUACUAGUUCCUUUGGCUAGAAUCUCACAGUGUCUUGCAAUACUUGUGCGACUGAUCUCAAGACCUUUUGCCAGAGUUCAGUACAUUAUAGAGCAACUGGCAAGGUAUAUAGUGGUCAUCCAUUAUGAUGAUGAGUCCUACCCAUAUCAUCUGGGCUCUAAUAAUCAAGGGCCCAAUGCAGAUUUACUCUCUGUGAGCCAAGACCUCCAGAUUGGAGAUCCAGUGUUGCCAACACAUGCCAAAGAUGGCGUGCAAAGUGCACAUAUGAAAUUUCUCCAGUUGUUUGAUGUGCCUUUGGUACAUAUAGGAAAGAAAAAAUAAUACAGCUCUGUAGACUUUCAGCUUUGUGGAGAUAUGUAUGUUGUGUUGAUUGAGUACUCUAAUAUGAAGCUGCCCCAGUUCCUAGCUGAUUUUGCUAAUUUUGGAGUCAAUUUCUUUGUCCAAAGAUCUUUUACUCAAGAUGAUGUUUACCAAGUAUUUGAAGCUGUUUGAAUUUGCUAGCUGGAUGUCAUUAACAUUGUUUUUUGGUUCUAUGGACUUGAUGUUUGACACCAGCUGGUAAGGUACUUCAGUCUUGUUCAGGCUGAUAAACAAGCUGAAGAGCAUAGCAGAAUCUGAGAACUUGUUCAGCUGUCAACUGUAGAUCACUGACUUUGUGCACCAGGAGCACACAGCAAAGAGGGUUUCUUGAAUGACUGUAAAAAGGUACUUUGUGUGUUCAAGUGGCAAAAGUCAAAGAGAGAACUGUCCAUUAGAUAUUUGAUGUACACUCCUUUAGACCCUGGAUAGCACGUAACAACAUGCAAGCAAAGAAUAGAUUGAAUGAGACUGGGACUAGCACAAAAUCCUGUUAUCCCACUGGAAAUGGCAAAUGCCAGCUGAUGUAUCACCAUUGUAAAGAACCUGUCCUGUCAUUCUGUUGUGGAAUAGCUGGAUCAAUUUUAUGAAUUUUCUCAGAUAUUUAUCUUAGGAUCAUCCAGAGAGCCCCCUGUUUACAGUAUUUGUUUGUUUGUUUAUUCAUUCAUUCAUUCAUUUGUACAGUUUCAGUAACUGACACAUAAAACAUCUAUCUUGGUUCAUCACAACUAGCAAGUGGCACAAUAUUGCCUAGAUGCAGAAAGUAAUCAAUGUUUCAUAUCUAAUUUAAAAGGGAAGCAAUUUUGGCCAUCUGAAGUAUCUAUUAGAGUAUUUUACAGGAUUUUAAAAAUUUUCCUCUAAUCUUGAAUAUAAAGAUAACUAUAUUUCUUGCACCCCUACCACUUUAUGUAGGGAUGCGGUGGCUCAGUGGCUAAGAAGCUGAGCUUGUCGAUAGAAAGGUCAGCAGUUCAGCAGUUCGAAUCCCUAGUGCCGCGUAACGGGGUGAGCUCCCAUUACUAGGUUGGCAGAAGUCCCAGUUCAAAAGCAAGUAAAAAAUGCAAGUAGAAAAAUAGGGACCACCUUUGGUGGGAAGGUAACAGUGUUCUGUGCGCCUUUGGCAUUUAGUCAUGCUGGCCACAGGACCACGGAAACAUCUUCGGACAGCGCUGGCUCUUCGGCUUUGAAAAGGAGAUAAACACCAUCCCCUAGAGUUGGGAACGACUAGCACAGAUGUGCAAGGGGAACCUUUACUUUUAUCUUACCCCUUUAUGUCCUAUCUGUUCUUUAUCUGGUGCCAUCCAGAUAUACUGGAUUGAACUUUUCAUAAUUACAUAUGAAAUAAAUUUUUCCAAAUCUCCAGUUAGUAUGAUCAAUGCAUACAUGAAUUCAUUGCUAGACUUGGAUAAAGCCGCAAGGUGGCCUAGUGGUGAAGAUGCUCGCUUCCCACCCUGAAGGUUGACAUUCAAUCUUAGGUAGCAGCAGCUGGUGCUCUCCUCUAGGGCACAAAGAAAUGUAUCUUCUGUGAACUCAAUGUGGCAUCUGGCCAGUAAAUGCUCAGCUCCAUCCAGUUGCCCCAACUCUACCCCAAAUUAAGGGAUUACAGGAUUAUAAAAAGGGAGUAUUACCAGACACUUGGCAAUUCCUUUUCUGCUUCUAUAUUCAUUCAUUCAUACAUUCAUUCACUCACUCACUCACUCACUCAUUUAAUAUGUUUGACUAACCACUUGCCAUGUGAGUGGUUAGAAACUAUUAUUUUUAUUAUUUAAAAUAAUAAUAAAAUCACCAGCAGAAAUUAAAAUACCUUAUACCUCAUAUAUCUACAUCAAUAAUCUUGCUACAGAUGGGCUCACCUAAUUUCCUUUCAGCCCUUCUAGGUAAACAAGAUUAAAAAAAAAAAGACUACAUGAGCUAAACCUAUUUUACUGUAAGGGUACAUUAAAAAAAAUGUUGCAAGUCAGAAAGUACAAACUUUCUGUUGCCACUUUUAACUAUCUGGUUUAUUAGGAUGGGUCCUUCCUAAGUUUCUUCCUCUGACCAUUAAGCCCUUGUUGGCUCCCCACUACUGUUGUCUGAUUGUUGAUCAGCAGUUUGUUGAUAGGCAACAUUGUUUUCCAUUGUUUUUUGUUGUUGGUUUCCCCCAACUCCAUAUAUUCCAUUACAUUUCCCUGCCUGAGGGAAAAAAGCAGCACUUUGGGUUCAUCUCUUAGUUCAGUAAAGAUAUACAGUAUAUCAAUUACUGUUUGCUUUACAUAUUUUUCAAGACAGCUUUACAAUGGAAGGAAGGAAGGAAGGAAGGAAGGAAGGAAGGAAGGAAAAUUGUGAACACAAUAAAAAUCCUAUACUUACUGAAUUGGACAGUAGACAUAAAAGGUUUGCAUAAAAUACUGCAAGUCUACCAAUUAUUUAUUUAAUUUGUUUAAAACAUUUAUAUAAUUACCCUUUUUUUACAAAAUUCUUUAACAACAGUUUUCUCCUUAAAUUAACAAUUCCCUCUCUAGCAUUUUUUCAAAAAAUUAACAAAAGAUUCCAUAUUAGAAAUAUAUGAAUUCAGGAAAAAAUCCAGUAAAACCAAGGUUCCCAGAAUUCAUAUGGACUAUGAAUAGCAGUAAAGUUUCUGCUAUUUAAAUUAUAUAGUGGUAGGCAUAGUGACAAUUCUAUUUUUUGAUAAAUUGUUGAAGGAGCAGUGGUUUUGUUUCAUAUGUAAUCUGAUGAGAAAAUACAUUUAUUAUUUAAGUCAAUCAAAAUAUGUGCUGAAAAGAAUUCAAGAUCCCACAAGCAAACUAGCAUGUGAGAUAUAACCUUCCUUGAAAUCUGUGUAUUUGACAGACAUAAUGAAGUACUGUGUGUAUUACUAUAAAUUACUGAGUUAUCUCAAUAGUUUGCAAUACAUAAAGUUGAAUGAAGAAUGAAUGAAUGAAUGAAUGAAUGUGUUUGCCUUGUUUUGUAAAGUGUUUUUCGGUGACUUAAAUUCAUGUUGAAUUUACUAGAAGUCCUGCCCUGCCAUUUUAAAUGCCAAAUUCUAAUGCCUUCUUCUAGAUGAAUGUAUGUGGGAUUAGGUAUACUUGUCAAUUGUUGGAAACAUUAGAAUUGUUCUGUGCUUGAUUUUAUUAAUCUUAAGCAGAAAAGAAAUAACAAAGAUCCUGGAGGAAACAAAAAGCCAGAUUAAAAAAAAAGGAAAGAAAAUGCUAGGGCUGUUGAUAUAUCCAUAAUACAUCACUUUCAAAAUAGAAAUAUAUAGUGUUGAUUUGUAUGCAAUGACUUCCUCCCUAAUUCAGAUAUUUAAUUAAGCAGACAUUGGAGACAUCUCUCCUUUAGAUUAACAAGGUUCUGCAUUGUAUCAGCCUUUUUUUUUUUUACUCUGCAGUAGGUCAGAUGGAUAUCUGCUUCUACAAAUUGAUCUUAGAUUUAUUUGUUUAUUUUUAUCGUAUAUGUAUAGCUGCCCAUUUCACAUGAAAGUUACUCUGGGCAGUGUAUAGGACUUAAUAAAAAAAUAAUAAAUAUAUAAAAUCGUCAAUUAAAAUUAUAAAAACAUGAGAAGAUUAUAUUUUAGUCACUAAAUUUAAAAUCAAGUAAUGCUAUUGUCAAACAAUUAUAAAUACACACUUCUUGAUCUAAAGAUGUAAAUUCAGUACACUUUUCAUAAGUACAGAUAAAAACAAAUGACUUCAUACAACUAAGAAAUCAAAGAGUUUCAGAAUUAGUAAUGCCACAUGCUGUUGCUACAGAAUGAAGGGUAACUAAUGAGGCCCUACCAAUACCCCACAUUGCUUCCAUCUCCAUGCCACUUUUUGGCCUGUAGGGAUUUCAGGAGAUUUGCAGCAUUGUUGUAACAAGUAUUUUAAAUUUAACUUCUAUUUUAGUGGCUUUCUAUAAAUGCAUAAAUACCUUUUUUCCUUGAAAUUGUGAAUGGCAUCAUUACAGUUCUCUCAUUAGCAUCAUAACGACUCUAAAGGAAGAAUAGUAAGUGAAAACGGAAUAGUUGAGAAAAUGGAACAGUUGAGAAAAUGGAAUAGUCUAUCACACAACAGAACUGCACACAUGUAAUGAAAUUUUAACCUUCAGGCUGCUUGGUCACCUCAGGGUGUUUUCUUAAUGUAUUCACUUGGCUGGCAACAUGCAAAGCCUGUGGUAGCCUAAGGAUUAUAAGAUGAAUUCAAUUCAUAUUUCAUCUGGGCUUCCAUACCACUGAAGUCCAGACAAAACUCUACAGUUAUCAGCAGUUAUAGUAUAACUUGAAGCUUGCAAGCAUGCAAAAAAAUAUUUCAGAAUAAAAAUUGAGGAGGUGGGAAAGAUCAUUUCCCCAAUAGUCCAUAGAAUAUGAAACUGAAUGAUGGAGAGGGAAAAUAAUAACAAAAUGGGAGGCCCGUAGAAGUGGCUAGCUAGAUAAGAAUAGAUAUGUAAGAUAGCUCAUACACUUUGGUGGCCUUAACAAAGCAAGAAUCUCAUAGUAUAGUUACACUACUGAAGAAUUGUUAUAUCUAUGUUAAUACCACUGGAUAAUAGAACUGGGUGAGAUGAUCUGACACUAUGGGUUGAAGUAUCCGAAAUAUGCUGAUGAUAUCCAACUCUAUAUUUCCACCCCUGGUCAUCUAAGUGAUACUGUUGCUUUCUCUUGUGGUGCCUGGAGGCUAUGGGGAUAAAUGAGGGACAACAGGCUUUGACUGAAUCCUGGCAAGAUUGAAUGGCUUUAGGUACAUGGAUCUCCAAGAUCCAGGACUUUGACAUCUUUAAUACUGCUUGAUGGGGUGGUACUAACCCAACGGAGCCAAUGAACAACUUGGGGUUUUUCCUGGUCUCAUGACUCCUGUUCAAAGACCAAGUGGAAGUCAUGGCUAGGAAAGCUUUUGUGCAACUUCAAAUUGUGUGCCAGUUGCGGCCUCUCCUAGAUCAGGAGUCCCUGUAUUCAGUCAUUCAAGCCCUAGUCAUCUCACAGACACACUAUUGCAACACACUCUACAUGGGGCUACACCUGAAGACCAUUCGGAAGCUACAGCUAGUGCAGAAUGCAGCAGCACUAGAAGUUUGUGUAGCCCCAAAUAUAGUGUGCGUAGGUUUUAUAUUGCAAGUUUUUGGCUUGAUAAUCCUCUAAUCAUUAGUGGGGAAGUCCCCAAAUGCUCCUCUAUUGUGGAAAGUUAGACUAAGUUCUCAAGGAGAAGAUUGAUUUUCUGUAAUCAAAGGAACAGCAACAAAAUAACAAAAUAACAAAAAUAUCCCACUAUUCAAUCAAGUGCCCUAAAGAUACAAUAUAUCAGAAAAUAACAUAAGAGAUUUGGGGUAUAGAUUCAGAUUCAGAUUGACAAUUUCCUACAAUUGAAUGGAUCUUGCUCACAGCUAUUAAGUCAUGUGAAAAUGAUGGGACAUUUUGUAAAUGACACAAUUAUUUAAUUUUAAUCGUUUAAUCUGAAUUCAUUCUGCUAGCUUCCUUUGACAUAUAGAAUAUGCACCGAGGUAAAAGUGGAACACAUAUUUCAUCCUUAGCCGUAUAGAAAUUUUGCCAAACUUUAACCAUUCAUAUCUGGCAAUUAAGAGAUUAAGACAAACAUUAGCCUGUGAAUUGAGCUGUAGUCCUUAUUGGCACAAGAGUAAGUGCAGCCCCUUUUGAUUGUUGACUGAAAUGACAGGAUGGUCUGCAGGCAAGUAAACACUAUCCAGAGGAAAUCUGGAAUGCCCCUCAUUUGUAAUAGUCAUUCUUAUUCUCUUAGUCUCAUACGAACAAUGAAGAGGGUCAGAGCAUGUCUUCAUUUUCUCAAGGGAUGGAUGGAGCUCCAAGUUGAUAAAGUCUACAAAGAACUCUCCUUGUUGUCUUAAAUGAAUUGAAGUUUCCAGGACCAGGCAGAUUAUGUUGUAGUAUGUUGAAGGAGCUGGCAGAAGUUAUUUCAGAAGAAAUGAUUGUUAUCUUCAAGGAUCUAGUGUAAGGGCAAACAUAGUUCCAAUAUUUAAAAAGGAUGAGGUUUGGGGAAAUUACAGAGCUAUUUGUUUAAGGCUAUCCCAAAAUAAAUUGGAAACAGUGGCACUAUCAGUGGGGGCCAACAUGGAUUUGUCAAAACCAAGCCAUAUCAGUUAUAUUUUGUUUUAUUAUGACAGAGUGAUUAGUUUACUAGACUAAGUGAAUGUUUGAUUUCAGCACAGUAUUUGACAAGUUCAGGUAUGAUAUCCUUGUGGAUAAAAUGGAUAAAUGUGGAAUAAACGUGGUCCACUAUAUUUGCAAUUUGUUGAACAACCAUGCCAAAGGGGGUGCUAUUACUUCACUGCUUUGGAAGAAAGUUAUCCCUGGGAUUCCAUCAUCAUAUGAAUGAUAUUUAACGACAUUAUAAAUAUCUUAAAACAAAAGCGAGGGAAGUUGUAGUCUAAUAUGCAGAUGACAUCAAACUAGAGAGACUGGCUACUAACUUAGAAUACAAAAUCAUACUAAAAUGAGCUCAGUAGGCAAAUUUUCAGAAGUGGUUUGCCAUUGCCUGCUUCCUAGGGCUGAGAGAGGGUGACUGGCUAAAGGUUGUUCAGCUAAUUUCAUGCCUAAAGUGGGACUAGAACUUGCAGACUCCUAGUUUCUAGCCUGGUGCCUUUAAUCAUUGGAUCAAACUGGCUCUCUUACCAUUACAGGAUCAAAGAGGAUGCAGCAGUUAAAAGGUCCAAAGCCAUUUUGGGUUGAAUUAACCAAAGUAUUGUUUCUAGGUAGCAGAAAGUAGUAUUUUUGUUGCAAUUAAGCUGAUUAGACUAUAUUUUGGAGUAUUUGGAAUCACACUUUAAUAGAGAUGUAGACAAGCUAGGGUAUAUUCAAAGAAAAUUUGUCACGAUGAAACAAAAUUAGAAGCCAAGCUUUAUGAGGAAAAGUUAAAAAAUACAGGCAUAUUUUAUUUGCCAAACUUCUUAAUUGGAAGAGAUAUGUUAGGGGUCUACAGAUAUCCAAAAGUCUACCCCAUUUAAGAGGGGCAGAUCUUUUUUCUGUUGAAACUGAAGACUGGAUUAAAUGAUUUAAACAAUCCCUGUCAACUCAUCCAUUCUUUGAAUCCCUCUUUAACUUUCAUUAUUAAUUUUGCCAGAUUAUAAUUCUUAACACAAUACCAGCUUUUGAUUCUUUAUUUAUUACUAGCACCCGUGCACUCUUACUUUGGAGAAAACUUGCCUUUUGGCAGUCAUCAAAUCUUUUUAAAAUAUUCAAGAUGGAAAACAGAAUUAUUCUUGUUUCUUGAAGAGUAGGAAAUAGAGCUGAGGAGACAUCUGGCUUGUGUGCCAAGGAGUAUAUGCAUUACUGUAGAAAGCACAUUGUAAUGUGGGUUGCCUCUCCUUCUCAGAAACGCUGCUUCUCCCUCUCCCUUUCCUCCUCUUGCAAUGGGAUUGGAUAGAUGGCUUACAGCCUGGCUCUGGCCCCGGAAUCCCUGCUCCUGUUUAAUAUUCUGCUUGCUCCACUGAUGUUGUGCUUGGCUCCUGUGGGAUUGCAACUCACCGCUUGAAACCAGAGCCAAUUUUCUGUCUUAAUCUCAGUGUUUUGACUGGAGGCAGAUCCAGUUCAACCCAAUCGGAGCUGGUGGAAACAACUACCUAAGAGUCUCGCUCUGUUUCGCUUGGGGAGGGAAAGAAGACGGAAGAACGGAGUGGGGGGGGGAGAGACAGAAAGAAAGAAAGAAAGAAGGAGAGAGAGAGGCAAAGAGAGGCAGGCCAACCAACAAGCCACUUGUAAGAGACAAAUACACAAUGCCGUCUCUGGGAUCGCUGUAUCUGUAGAGAAUAAAGUGAUUCCUCUGCAGUUGGGUAUAUUGCUCAGAUUGGUUUGUUUGGUUUCUUUCUUUCUUUCUUUCUUUCUUUCUUUCUUUCUUUCUUUCUUUCUUUCUUUCUUCCUUCCUUCCUUCCUUCCUUCCUUCCUUCCUUCCUUCCUUCCUUCUUGCCUUCCUUUCUUUCGCUGUGGAGGAAAUCUGAAUUAAGAAUCGUGAGUGGCAGCCAAGGGCUUUUGGGCAGACGGGCAGUGAACAGGGAGAAAGGGUUGCCUUGCUUGGAAAAGGGCUGCGAGCCUGAACCAUUUGGCUGGACAUAAGACGAGACCCUGGGAUCGGCGGCGCUUCGCUGAGGAACGGGUGAUGCAUCGCGGAGGAACGGGUGAUUGAGUUCUCGGGAUCGCCCUCCCCAUUUAAGCAAUAGGUGAAAUACAAGGUGCUGAAGGGAAAAUCGGAACCGACGGAAACGUUCUGAGCCGGCUGCGCGAACUGACUGAGGCAAUCGGCGUCGAGAGGAGGAUCGGAGGCGCCGCGAUGACUCUGGUGCUGCCCCUGAGCAGCUUCUGCGAGCCCAUUGUCUCUUCCGAAGGAGCCGGCGAGUUCCAGCCGCUGUGGGAAGCGCGCUGUUGCAGUAAGAGCAGCCCCGCCUCGGAUUCCGCCGCCGGCAGCAGCAGCAGCAGCAGCAGCACCAGCACCGCCCAGGGGCAGGCGCAACAGCAGCCGCCGCCGCAGGGCAGCGACGACCGGACACUGGUUGGGCAGCCUCCGCCCUCAGCACUACACCACAGAGGAAAUCCAAACCCUGUAGCACCAUCAAAAAUAACAUAUUUUAAAAGAAAGUAUGUGGAAGAAGAAGAUUUUCAUCCACCACUCAGUAACUGUACACCCAAAACAAUCUCUGUAUUUGAGGAGCGGGCACAUAUUCUUUACAUGUCUUUGGAAAAACUGAAGUACAUUGAUGACCCUGAAGUCUACCUAAGGAGAUCUGUUCUCAUAAAUAAUUUAAUGAAAAGAAUUCAUGGAGAGAUUAUAAUGCAAAACAAUUGGUGCUUUCCUACUUGCUCUUUUGGAGGUACUUCAAGUCAAGAGUGGUUCAUGUCUCAUGACUGUCCUUAUAGGAAGCGUCUCCGGAUGGCACGGGAGGACUGUGAAAAGAUCCACACAUGCUGUUUUUAUCAAGAGUGUGGCAGCCAUUAUUUAAGUUUACCAUUAUCUACUAAUUCUGCAGUGGGGAAUUCCGCCGCUUCUGUAUCUUUACCAAGUUGUUCCCAACAAGUGGAAUAUGGUAGCAACACUUCCCCUGUUUACAGGAGUGACGAACAUAUACAUGCCAAUGAAAUUUUUAUUACAAAUGCUGGGCCACAUGUUAAUCAGGACAAGUCAAUAUUCAGUAAUGAGAAAGGAGGCCAUGAUAUAGAUCGAGAACAUGCUUCAGACUGGGAAUCUAUGAAAAGUGAUCAUGUCAUAGAAUGUAAAAACAAAUAUUACAAUUAUUUUGAGAUGGGUCACGAUGACAAGAGCAACAUGAAUGAAUCUUGGAAGAAGUGUUUACGAAAAAGGGAGUGUUUACCAGGUAGCAAAAUUUGUUGCAGUAAAGGAAAUAAAAUAUGAGCCAUCUUCUGAAUAAUUUCAGUUUAGAAGCAAGCACAGUGUUGACAUUAUCAGAAAAAAAUCAUUUUGGAUCAAUUUUCUUAUGCUUUUAUAGAACUGGUACAAUUGUGUCAUAAGCUUCAUGGAUAUUUUCAGUGACUGUGUGGCAGAUUCCAUCAAAGCAUAUGUAUGGUCUGCAUCAUGAGCUAUUUAUAUUAUAAAUACACGGGAUCCUUACAAAGAGCACAGUUGCAUUGUAUACUUCCAUUGCUAGAAGAACCAACAAACCAGAUGGUGAAAAUACAAUUCCUUUCAUGCAUCCCUUUGGGAACCUAGCAUGAAUUAAGAGGAAUCUUCUUUAUGCUUAUCAAUUAGUUAUACAUUUGAUAAGCAAAUUGUUACCAGUGAAAGGAAGAAUGCAUUUCGCCCAUCAAAAUGGCUGUGAGAAAGACUGCAUAGAAAUGAAAUGGAAUAGGCCCACUUUAUGGUCCAGAAGUGACAUUAUUCUUAUGUAUUUAAGUCUGGUUUUAUUGAUAGGGUACAAUAACAUCUUUUUAUGGAGACACAAUUUGAAAUGCUACACACAGUUCCAGCACAUGCACAGUUUUCAGCUAAACUGCAAGAAUGAACAAGCCUUAUAGUGGUUUAUUGCUAUAAUGGCAGAGAUUUUUUGGUGCCUUACUUUUAAUCUUAAUUUUUCCAUGGUGAAAAUUAAGUUUAAGAAAACAGCUACAGCAGGGAUGUAACCUAAACAGGAAAAAAAUAAUAACAGGGUGGAUCAAAUAUUAUUAGAAUUCUGUCUCCUUUGAAAUACAAAGCUUGAUUUCCUAUUCAAUUGCCGCUAUUCAUUCUUUUUGCUCAGUCGCUUUUUGAUUUGCCAUUUUAAGGAAAAGAUUGAAGGAAAAAAAACAAUAGAGAUGUGUCUCUUGUAAACAAGCAUUAGCUCUUUGAAUAUUUCUAUGGCAACUGUCUGUUGCUUUGAUAUUUUUUUCCUUUUUCUUUCUAGUAUAAUGAAGUUCAUGAACCAGUGGCAUGCUUUAUAUUUUACUCUGUUUCACGUCAUUUUCUCUUUUCAGAAAAAUGUAAAGAGCAUGUACUGGGUUUUCAUAUAAUUGUAGGGUUUUUUUAUUUUGGAAAAAGCACAAUGUUAAUAAAUGAUGUGGUGAUAUAAGA